AUGUUUCUCGUCAACAUCUAUCUUUUUGCAUCCUUUGGCCUCUCAGUGAAGCCCACUGAGACAAUGAACGUUCAAUCCGUCCAUUCGUUCAGCUUUCCAAGUUAUCCUCUGCGAUUAUUCAAGGGCGAGCCCACCUCGUUCUUGUCUCUGACUGGUCCAACACCAGCGCUAGCCGAUUGCGUAUUUGACGAAAGCUCGGCAUGGAUCGUGGAAGUCUGCAAACCUGGUAACUUUCUGAGCUGUUGUGCAGGACCUUCCCUCCCGUCGGAUCUUAAGCUCGGUUCCAUGAGUCACCAUAUGGUAGGCUUCAGUGAUUCCGUGACAUCGCCUCGUCGUCCGAAUGCUUAUGAGUUUCCAAUAAUUUUCGCAUUCAUCGCGACUGUAGCUUGCCCCGAUGAAGAGAUCCCUUGCGGUAUUGAAACAGAGCGAGUCCAUCCGGCUAUCACCGACGUUGUUGUAUGGACUCCCGACAAUAUCGUUCAACUCGCUGUUGCAUUGGAGGACGCUGUCGAGUUGCUGAUAUACACUUCGGAAGACUCGGACAAACGGCGGAUAGCGUUGGAGAGGCAUUAUCUAGCAGGAGCAGACGCUCAGCUGACGAUGGUCGAUUCCGAAGGUAGUGGACACAUUACCGACAUCCCGGACUAA